ACAGAGCGCGCGACUGCGGAAGUGAGUGCACAGAAACAGGAACUGAUUAGAAACCGAUGUCAGUAAUUGUAGUUAUUUGCACCGUGUUGUAUUUUAGGUAUAAACAUAAUAAGGAAAACACGGUGUUUGAAAUGAACGUGUUUAUUUAUAUUGCAUUAGUUUUUGCAAGUACACAAGCGGCUCGGAAAAGUGAAGACAAUGAAUGGGUGCAUUUACCGAAUAAAUGUGAAGUUUGCAAGUUUUUGAGCAUUGAGAUGAAAUCUGCAUUGGAUGAAACUGGGAAAACGAAAGAAGUGAUAGAGACGAACUACCGGUUCUUGGAUGAUAAAGGAGCACCACCCAUCAAAUAUGUCAAAUCUGACAUUCGGUUCAUAGAGGUCAUGGAAAGUGUAUGUUCAAGGAUCCUGCAGUACAGUCUACACAAAGAGAGAGAUGGCAGCAAUCGCUUUGCAUAGGGUAUGUCUGAGACAUUCUCCACCUUGCAUAACCUGGUCCACAAAGGAGUCAAGGUUGUCAUGGAUAUUCCUUAUGAGCUGUGGAAUGAGACGAGUGCUGAAGUGUCUGACCUCAAGAAACAGUGUGAUGUGAUGGUUGAGCAGUAUGAAGAGGUUAUUGAAGACUGGUAUAAAGGCAGCCAGGAAGAAGACCUGAUGUCAUACCUGUGUGAGAAACAUGUUCUCAAAGGACAAGACACAUCAUGUCUAAAAGAAGCUUGGGCUAAGAAGAAAGGAGAUCUUGCAGCAAUUGCACAAGACAAAAAGAAGAAGAAAAGCAAAAAGAAGGCCAAAGGUGGGGAGCAUAACAAGAACAAGGAGAAGAAGGUAAAGAAAAAUAAAAAUAAACUGCUUGAUGAGCAUGGUGACAAGCAGAAAAUGGAAGAGGAGGGACAUACAUCUGACGAGGAGAUACAGAAGAGUGUUCCACUUCAUCAGGAGAGAACUGAACUCUGACCUGUAAAUUCAUUUUGUGUUUGUUUCCUAUAUCUGUGAACGUGUGUGUGUACGGUUUUUCAUGAACUGUGUUAAAACCUUUAAAGUGUGGUAAUGAAGUUUCUCAGCUCAUAAUGGCUUUUCUUUUUCUCUUACUUUUGUUGCCAGUGCUUCUUUUCUGCUUUUUUUGGGUGUGGUGGAUUUUUUUAUUCAUUAUUUUCCCUCAAUAGAAUGCUUUAUUGAGGAAGAAGAGAAAAAUUAUCAUGAGGAUUGUGCCUCUGUAAUGAUGUUUAAGAAGUGGAUAAAUGGAUAGAUCAUUUCAAGCAUUCUGUUUCAGCUAAUAUGACUAUAUAUUUUAUUUUAUCAUAUAAAAGCCAUAAAAUGUGAAUUUUUUUUUUUUUCUAAAAUCUUAACAGCGUAUUGCAAACUUCUAGAUUUGGAAUGCUUAUUUGAGAAGAGAUAGUUCGGUCAUAGUUUAAUCUUUUAUUCUUAAGCGUCAUAAGAUUUAAAACCUUUGCAUUAUUCAAUCUAUUUCAGGUCAGUAACAUUUCUGUAUGUAUUAGUGUGUCAGUGUUAUUUUGGAUGAUUUCUAAAUCCAUUUUUUAAUGUAUUUGCUUUGAUUUUGAAAUGCUGCUACUCCUAAAGGUCAAAAAUAUUGUAUUUUAGGAGGACAAAACAAAUCAUAAAUAUUGCAUUUUAUGGUAUCUGUGAAUAGUAUCUUAUUGGAUUAGACGGCUUGUUUUUUAUAUGCAAUAAAUAAUUAGUGGUAUUGUACGGUUAUGCUGGUUAUAUUAAAUUUCAAAUAUCAAAAAUAA